AUCCAGUUCUAUAGCGCAUCCGUUUGUGGUCAAGACCAUUCAAAAAUAGGAAGUGAAGAACGAGUUUUAAGCGGUGAAAGCAGUUCAGUUUGCUAGAUUCAGAGUAUAAAAGAAUUUGAUUCAUAGCUUCAAUGGAAAUAUGGACAGCGACAUCAAGAUCAAGGUCUACCGUAUCGUGGGCUACGCGGCAUUAGUCUUCUCCACUUGCGCAAUCCUAUCCGUAUGCAUCACUCUGCCCGUUCUUUACCAUUAUGUGCAUAAAGUUCGUCGACAAAUGCAAAGUGAGAUGCAUCAGUGCCAAGUAAACUCGAAAACACUGUGGGCAAAUGUGAAUGCUUUUCGCAAUGAGUUAAGAAGAUUCAACGGAUCGCGUAUAGCUCGAGAUUUGGAUCCUAGUGGAUACGACUUUGAGAUGCCGGAGACGGUAACGGAAGCGACAACGACGACAGAGAGGACAACGACCACGGAGGGGACAACGACCACGGAGGGGACAACGACCACGGAGGGGACAACGACGACAGAGGGGACGACGACGACAGAGGGGACAACGACGACACAAGGGACGACGACGACGGAGGCGGUGACGGUUGCGGUGACGGAAACAACGACGGAAGCGACGACAACAGAAAGCUUUGUGAAGGAUCUACCGGUCACGGACGCACCAACGGAUAAGCCGAUUAUAGUGCCUUUGGUGGAAAUGACUUGCGACAGCUGUUGCAUGCCUGGUCCGGCGGGACCACCAGGACCAGCUGGAAUGCCCGGUAGACCGGGCAUGCCUGGUGCAGCAGGCUUACCCGGCCGUCCCGGAAAACCAUCUCAAGCACCUUGUGAACCUGUGUCGCCUCCGCCUUGUCCACCAUGUCCACGAGGUCGCCCGGGACCUGAUGGUCCGCAAGGACCGCCGGGCAACGCCGGUUUUCCAGGUGAUGUCGGAACCAAAGGAAUCAGUGGACCACCGGGUGAACCUGGACUACCGGGUAAGCCUGGACCUCCGGGAAUGCUGGGCAAAAACGGGCCACCAGGUGAACCGGGCACACCUGGAGUGGUGGAAAAACCUAAACCCGGUUUACCAGGCGAACAAGGAGAUCCUGGUUUGGAGGGAUUGCGUGGACCCGCUGGAGAUCCCGGACAUGAUGGAUCACCUGGAAUACCGGGAAUGCCCGGUCCAAAUGGUGAACCUGGAAAGCCCGGUGAUGACGGUAUGCCGGGACCGGCAGGAAAACCCGGAAAGCCUGGUCGACCUGGAGAACGCGGUAUCUGUCCGAAGUACUGCGCUGAAGAUGGUGGAAUAUUCUUCGAAGAUGGGACAACUCGUUAGCUUUGAAACGUUUCUG